CGAUAACCAUCCAGUGUGCGGUUUGUGGGCGGCGCCAGUUAGCUGACGUCACGGUGAAAUCAAUAUAUAAACGCUGUCACGGUCACUCACGAUGUCAGAAUCACCUAGCAAGAAGAACAAGAUGGCCACGUCGCUGGAGCAGCUCAAGGAGAUGACGGUGGUGGUGGCUGACACCGGCGACUUCGAGUCAAUGAAGAAGUACAAGCCAACUGAUGCCACAACAAACCCCUCGCUCAUCCUGCAGGCAGCUAACAUGCCCCAGUAUGAGUCGCUUAUUAACGAAGCUGUCGAGUACGGGGUGGAAAAGGGCCAUAACAAGGCUGAGCAUGUGGAACAUGCAAUGGACAAGCUGUUUGUUUUGUUCGGAUGUGAGAUCCUUAAGAUUGUCCCUGGUCGAGUGAGCAUCGAAGUUGAUGCUCGACUAAGUUUCGAUAAGGAAGCCAGCAUCUGCAAGGCCCGUAGGUUCAUCUCCAUGUUUGCUGAAGAAGAGAUUGACAAGGAACGCAUUCUCAUUAAACUUGCCUCUACAUGGGAAGGAAUUCAGGCAGCAAAGGUUCUUGAGGAAGACUAUGGCAUCCAUUGUAACUUGACGUUGUUGUUUGGCUUUGCUCAGGCUGUAGCUUGUGCUGAAGCUGGAGUAACACUUAUAUCUCCCUUCGUUGGACGUAUCCUCGACUGGUAUGUGGCAAACACCGAGCAGAAGUCGUACGAGGCUCAUGAUGAUCCAGGAGUGAAGAGCGUAACACGCAUCUAUAACUAUUAUAAAAAGUUUGGCUAUGAAACUGUGGUAAUGGGAGCAUCUUUCAGAAACAGCGGUGAAAUUCGUGAGCUUGCCGGCUGUGAUUUACUUACCAUUGGGCCGAAGUUCUUGGAGGAACUUCAGAAUUCUUCUGAACCCAUCACACAACACUUAUCAGAGGCUAGUGCUAAAAAGCACGACUUGGAGAAGGUAGAGAUGACUGAACCCAAGUUCCGUUGGGAGAUGAAUGAAGAUCAGAUGGCCACUGACAAACUGUCCGAGGGAAUCCGCAAGUUUGCUGCCGAUGCAAUAAAGCUGGAGAAGAUGCUGCUGGAGAAGAUGAAGUAAUAAGUGCACUUAGAUCAUUGUUUCUUUUGGUAAUUAUUAAGUUGUAGGUUGGCAAGAUGAUUUGUUUCCUACAGUGAGAAGCUGUGAUAGGUAUUUGAAGCUGUAGUUGGCAGUUUUGGAACCUUUGGUGGUACAGUAUAAAUAUUUAUAGAAAUUUUAUCAUGGAAAUUAAUAUUCUACUUUAUCAUUCCACACUGUGCCUAAGUUACUGAUUUUUCAUUUAUUCGUUUAAUUUUUAAUUUUGUUACAAUGUCUAAUAAUUGGGUUAAGGUCAACUGAUGUCACAAUGGAGGUGCACUAGGAACUAUAAGAUGUCAAAAACUAAUUAACCAUAGAUAUAGAGUAGUCCCUUAUUGUUAGCUAAUUAGUGUUCAAGAAAUGUAGUGGGCUGUGAGAAGGUAAUUAAAUUUGGUGUUUAAUGAUUGGUUGUUACUAGUAAGUGCAUAUAUUGAUUAGAAAUGAAAAGGCUGAACUAAUCUAGGAUGGUGAUUAAUAUUUUAGUAUCUGUUUAAAAGAUUAUAUUUGAAAUUUGUUGGUAACUUAAUACCAGAAUUAAGUUUGCCUUUUAAGUGAAUUUAUAUAGCCAGCUCUGCAUUUCUUCAGUAUCUUGCGCUCACUGCCAGGGCAUACUUGCUGAUACAAGUUACACAAAUGGUAUUUUUUUAACUGAAAUAUUGACACCUGACUACUGUUGCUUUUCUUCAUUUUAUAUUUGGCUUGGAGUAAGUUAUAUUGUUACUGUCCUGAUGUUAAAUUGCUGAUGUUACUCUUGUUGAUGUGGACAGUCAUUUUGCUGUUCAUUUCAGUUAAGCAUGAUGCAGAUUAUAUUGCAUAUGGAACAUUUCCUGUACACCGGUGUUGCACAGUAAAGGUGAUAAAUUCCACUUCUUCUAUUCUUCCUGCACCCUUAUACACGAUAAACGUAACAGAUUGGAGGUCGUACAGUGGUCUCGGCCUCCAAAAACUUCUUGUAUUGUGUAAUUGUAUUUUAAUUUGUUUACUGAAUAAAUAUUAAAAGUAAAA